CGCCCGUCAAUUUAUUUAUUAUUAUUAUCAAAUAAUUAAUUUUUUAUUUUUGCGCCCAAUUCGGUUUUCGCUCGCUGAGAUUCGUCUCCGCAUUCGAUCCCCAAAUCCAAAGCCCCAGUUUGCGAUGAAUUCUCUCUGAAAGAUUGAGGUAUGGAUUUGGUGGACGGAGUGGCUGACCAAGAGACUGAAACCCUAGGAGAAAACGUGAAUUUUGAUCCAGAUAAGGUUGGAAACGAUGGGGAAUUAGGUCAGGGAUCAGUGGAUGUAAGUAAAGAUGGAAACUUUGAUAGGAUUGGAUUAGCUCCAGUGGGCAUUGGAUCUAUGGAGGAUGGAUUUGAGAAUGAAUCCCCUUCGAGAUUAAUGGGAUCUCCUGAGGGUGAAGUUUCUGAUGUGGCAGCCUCAAAGACAUCAUCCGCUAAGAAGGGAUAUGGAUUGAAGAAGUGGAGGAGGAUUAGGAGAGAUAUGAAUAAAGAAGGGAGUGCUAGUGUUGAUUCGGGGGUAAUUCUCAAGCGGAGACUUUCUCUUGCUGAACCUCCAAAGUCUCGGGAUGACAAUAAACUGAAGAAUGAUAGUGGCGGUGAGGCUGAAACAGAAGCUGACGAGUCUGUUGCUUCAUUGGAAUCUAGAAAUGCGGGGGUCACUGGAAUGGUUCCCCAUGAGAUUGCUGCAGGUGCUUUGGGUCCAGAACUCGAGCUACUGGUCACUAGCACCGGGUUUUCUGUUGGUGCAGAGUCGGACAACAGCGAUGAGUGGAGUGGUAAGUUAUCAGUUAGCAAUGCUCCUAGGCUGAGACAUGAGACUGGGUUUGGUAGGGAACGCAGCAGCAGGGUGAGGAGUGGGGUCCGAGGAUCAGGACAUGCUUUGCAACAAAGGGUUCAGCGAGGGAGAAGUGGUGGUAUUGAGAUUAGUAAAAAGAUUAGCAGUGAUCAAAUUAGAUUUGAGAAGGAGAACUCAUUUUCUAGUGUUGAGUCUGAUUUGAGAAACUCAAGUGUUGUUUUUGGACGGCGGGGAAGCCUGUUUAGUAAUGGAAAACACAGUGAAAAGCCUCUGAGUUUUGGUGGAGAGCAUAGUGAUGAAGGACAAGCUUCAGAAGAAGUGAAAGAGAAUGGAAGGAAUGAAGAUUUAGAUUCUGAUCAGGCAGAAGAAAGUGUUAAAAACUGCGCAAGUUCUCCUUUGCAAUCAGAUGUUGAUCCUCUUGCUGACUCGAUCACGUUGCUUCAGGUGGCACAUGAAGCACUUGAAAAUGAAAUCCAGAAGUUAGCAGAGAUAAAGGAUGCCACUCCGACAAUGGAUGGUGAUUUGUAUGACCAAUUUGAUGAGUCUGAGGGGAGCAGUACAACGACUCUUGAAGCACACCUGAUUGAGUUGAGUGAAAAGAUCGAACAUCUUGAGCAAAAAUUAGAAGAGGCAUCUGCAUCUGCCAAAGCAAAGGAAUUGAAGGUUCUUGAGCUUGAAGCGAUCCUCAGUAAUACGAACCCCACAAAGAAGGAAGCUGGCAGCUCUGAUGUACAAUUCCUUCAAGGGGAGUAUGCCACAGUUGAGCUUGAACUCGAGUCCUCGCUCAAGAAUAAGAUAGAAGCCGAAAUAGAGUACCUGAUCAUAACAAGAACUACUCAAAACUGGAAAGUGCUCUUUGAAGAUCAAAUUGCUCUCUUCGAAGAGCAAAAAUCUAUGCUAAAAGAUCAAUUACUAGAUCAAUCGCAAAUGAUUCAUAAGCUGAAGGACAAUGAGAACAUGGUAACCACAUUGAAGGAACACAUUGAGAAGUUGGAAGUGUCCUGUAGUGAACUGCUUAAAACCGAAGAGGUCUUGAAACUACAAAAUAAAGCCUUUAGGUAUUCAAUCUGUUUCUUUGUUCAGCUGGUCAUGUGUUGCAUUGCCUUGGCGCUGUUCAUUGUUCAUCUUUUGCCUCCACCUGAUGGAUUUGUACCUACCUAAGAUCAAGAAGACAGUUCUUGUACAAUUUUCCUUACCUGAGAUAGUUUUUCAUGUAUAAUGUUUCAAUCCUUGCAAGUUCUGAAUAAGUUUUUUUUUUCUUUUUCAAAUGCUCAUGGUCCAUUUGUAUAGACUCAGUUGAAGAUUUAAAUCAAUAAUUCCUUUGUUUGGUUUUCCAGCAUUCAA